AACUGAAUCGUGUUACACGUAUUGUCGGCUUAUUAUUAUUAUUAUUUUUAAGUGUAUACAUAUAUCGUCGUACAUUCAGUUUUCUUAUACGAUACACCUAAGAAGGAAUAUAAAAAAAAUAAGCGCGUAUGACUUAAGAAAAAGUGUGUGCUCAUAAUAUAUUGGCAUGCAUGCCAUAUAAAAAAAAAAUAAAAAAGAACGUGAGUUGGCAAAACACAAGAAUUAAUGCAAAUUUUUGUGCAACAACAAUAUACUAUUUGAAAAGCAACAAACAGGCACAAAAGUUAAUAUUAUUAUUAUUUUAUUAUUAUAUAUGAAACAACUAUAUGUAUUAACGAAACUUGCAGUUUAUAUGAAUCGGUGACACACGAUUUGAAAGGCAAUAUACAAAAUAAAUAUAUAAAAAAGGAAUGCAAUAUAAAAUUAAUAAUAAUAAAAAUAAUAAUAAAAUAAAUUGGAAAAACAUAUACACGCAUAUAUUUAGUAAAAUAAAUGUUUUUAAUGAAAAUCUGUGAUUUUAACUGUGUGAUUGUUAUACAAAUAUUGAGCAUUUUUAAUAAUAAUAUUAUACAGAAAUGAGAUAAAUUUUUAUGCCGUGCAUAUAACGUCAUCGUUAACAUCAGUAUAAAUAUUCAUAAUAAUAAUAAGAGGAAAAAAACGUAUAAUAAAAAGCAGUGAUUCAUUAUCAUCAUUACACAAACAUCUCCGUAUGUUUAUAGUUUCGCCACAAUAUUAAAACAUAUAUGAAAAAAAAAUAAAAAUAAAAUUAUGAUGUACAAUAAUAAUAUUAUUUUUGCACAUAAUUGUAGCUAAUUGGUCAUUGGAUAUGCUAAACGAAACUGUCGUCGACCGACAUACACAAUAACAAUAUAUACUCUUAAUUAUUUUAUAAAUACUUAGACCGAAAGAAUUAUCAUUAUAUUAUCGACUGAUCAUCGACUGGCACAUAUUAUAUGCAUAUAUAAUUGAAUAAUCUACAGUGGCGUAAAUUCCAUUCAUAUUUAAUGAAGUAGAAAAGCCUAAUUGAUUCACAUUGUCAUUAAAAAUAAAACUGGUUAAUAUUAUCACAAACCUUAAUGAAUCACUACUGUGAAUGGUGACAAGUAAUAACAAUCGAACGAAGAGGAGUCAAAUACAGUUUGAUCUCUAAUACCGAUAAGAAUACUUUACUAUUAAACAAACAAAUAAUGAAUAUUUGACUGGAUUAAAUCAAAUCAGCGUUAAAAGGAUAAUUUUUGUACACAAAUAUCAAUCGUAAUAAUGGAUUACUUAUACUCUAUAAGGAUAAAUCGGUCUCUAAGGCCACUUGUGUUGGUGCUCAUAUUGAUAUCAACCUCAAUUACAGCAGAUGAAAAUCUAGAUACGCGAGAAAAUGAAAAUAUCACACUAAAAUGUAGAUUUAGUGAGCAACACGAGCCAGAUGAGAAAUUCUUCUACUAUUGGGCACGAUUCACACCACCGGCAAAGUUCGAAAAUGUAGCAGUCAGCGGAACACAAUUAAACUCAGCAUACAAAGUUGAUUUUCGACCGGAGCGCGGUAUCUACGACCUGCAAAUCCAGAACGUUCAAUAUGGCAGAGACAACGGACGCUUCCAGUGUCGCAUCAAGGCAGUCGGUACGGGCGCAGAUGUUCAUCAAGAAUACUACAACUUGACUGUGCUUACGCCGCCGCAACCGCCAGUUGUGGCACCCGGUAACAUCGCUGCCGCCACGGAAAAUAAGAAACUUGAUUUGACAUGCAGCAGCAUCGGCGGUUCACCCGAUCCACAAAUUGUCUGGUAUCGCGAAGGAAGCACGACCCCAAUCGAAACAACUGUCAGCAAAGGCGGCUCGAAAGACUUGCCAACAACAAGUACAUUAUCCCUGGUUCCACGCAAGGAAGAUGAUGGCGUCAAGUAUCGUUGUGCCGUCUGGAAUCGUGCCAUGACCGAUGGACAGCGUCUCGAAACAACUGUUACCCUGAGCGUUAACUACUAUCCACGUGUCGAAGUUGGUCCCGAAAACCCGUUGCGUGUGGAGCGCGAUCAAACUGCCAAACUUGUUUGCAAUGUCGAUGCCAAGCCAAAAGUCACAAAUGUCCGUUGGACCCGCAACAACCGCCAUAUUAGCUCGUCCACCGAACACAUCAUCAAUCGUGUUUCCUCAAGUGAUAGCGGAAAAUACACGUGCGCCGCUGACAACGGUCUCGGUCAAGUAGGCGAACAAACUAUCGAGCUGGAUGUUCUUUUCCCACCAAUUGUCGUCAUCGAAUCGAAGACUCGCGAAGCCGAAGAACGCGAAACUGUCAAUAUCCGUUGCAAUGUCACCUCGAAUCCGCCACCAGUUGCGAUUGAAUGGCACAAAGAGGGAUCUCCUGAUUUCCGGUAUGUCGGCGAUGUUUUGACAUUGCGUGAUAUUCGUGCGGAACAUGCAGGAACAUAUUUGUGUCGCGCCGUAAACAUGAUGAAUCCGUACAAUGGAAAGCCCGUGGAACGCGUUGGAAAUGCUACAGUUGCUGUUCUCGUGAGACAUCGUCCCGGACAGGCUUACAUUAAUCCGAGCAAACCUGUUGUUCAUGUAGGAAAUCCCGUUACUUUGACCUGUAAUGCUAAUCCUCCAGGCUGGCCGGUGCCGCAGUACAAGUGGUUCAAGGAUCCCGAAGGUGACGGUGGAGCACAAACUGUUUUGGCACAAGGUUCCACAUAUGUGAUUCCUCGCGCGCACUUGGGAACUGAAGGAAAAUAUCAUUGUCAUGCAGCUAACGAGUUAGGACACGGAGAAAUGGCAACAAUUGUCUUGGAAGUACAACAACCGCCACAAUUCCUCACAAAAUUGCAAGGACACAUGACGAAAAGAGUUGGAGAAUCGAAUUAUGUUGUUGCCUGCAGUGCCAAAGGCAAGCCUCGUCCCUCAAUCAAAUGGUUGAAAGACAACAAGGAAAUCAUCAACGACGGAAAUCUCUACGAAAUUGAUACCUCAUACGAUGAAGGACCCAAUGGAAUGGUUACCGUUAAAAGUAACUUGAAAUUCACCGGAAAAUCGAGACCAGCUGGAAAUCAACUCGUAUCGGGAGAUCGUGGAGUUUACAGUUGCUUGUACGAAAAUGAAGUGAAUAUGGCAAACAGCACGAUGCACUUGCGUAUCGAACAUGAACCGAUCAUUUUGAAUCAGUACAACAAAGUUGCCUAUGAUAUUGGAGAGACAGCUGAUGUGGUAUGCAAAGUUCAAGCUUAUCCCAAACCAGAAUUCCAAUGGCAAUUUGGAACAAACACCGCAUCAUUGCAAUCAACAUCGGACGGCCAUCACGAAAUUAUCUAUUCGAACGAUAACAACGACGUUUAUACCAGCGUUUUACGUAUCCACAACUUGAGAGCGCAAGAUUACGGCGAAUAUCAAUGUCGUGUCAGCAAUACAAUGCAAACAAUUCGUGCCCAUAUUCGUUUACAACCGAAAGGCAAACCCGAAGAGCCUUUGAAUUUGCGUGCGGAAGACGUUGGUCCCAACUAUGCCACACUCAAUUGGGAUCCUGGAUUCGAUGGCGGUUUGAGCAACACCAAAUAUUUCAUCUCGUACCGCAAAGUGCCCGUGCCCCAUGAUAACCAAGUAGCAGCUGGAUGUGACAUGAUGACCACUACCUCAACCGAAUGGUCCGAAUUCGAUUGUCAUCGUGAUGUGCCAUGCAACGUAACGCCCCUCGAUCAACAUCAAAGUUAUGUCUUUAAGGUAAAAGCACUCAACUCCAAGGGUAGCUCCAAAUAUUCAACGGAAAUCGCAACAACUACAAAAGUCAGCAAAAUUCCAUCGGCUAUUCAUGUGACAUUCGACCCUGAUUCGCAUGUUUUGGAAGUAAAUGUUGGUGCCACGUGCUUGGCAUUGAUUGCGGUUGUCGAAUCUGUCGUUCAUGAUUUGGCACAUCAAACACCCGUUUGGCAAAUUAUGGAAACUGUCCCACUUUCCGUCGAUGGACGCCAACAAAUGAACACUGAAGUUAAAAUUGACCAUAUUAUGUCACGAAAAGGACAUUCGAAAUCACCCGCUGGCAUCUCGAAACACGAAUACGAAGAUUUCCCACUUCCGUUGGAACAUGAUUUGCGCGAUCCUCAAGUGCGAGUGAAAUUGUGCUUGAAAGCCAACCAAGAUCAUUGUGGAGAGUACACUGACGCAAGCAUUGGUGUCGCUAAUUUAUCACAAGCUGGAGUCCUAGCAACACCCACUUUGAUCGCGAUCAUUGUUUCAUGCAUUGUCUUUGCCUUAGUUGUCGGACUUAUUCUAAUGUUCUGUCGUUGCAAGAAGAACCAAUCAAAGAAAGGCAUGCAAAGCAAGGACUACGAAAUGGAUCAACGGCCUUCAAUUGUGGCGCAACAAAAUCAAGCUCCGCCACCAUACUAUCCAGCUAGCGGUCUCGAUAACAAGGCAUUGGAGCACUCAAUGGACUUGGCAUUGGCUCUUGAAGAGCAGAAAAAUGCCGUCUAUGCUCAAAACGGUUACGGCUAUCACACACAAGGAUUGGGAGUCCCCAUGAAUAUGCCUAGUCAAGAAUGGGUUAGUAUGGGUUACAUGCAAGAAAAUAGUUAUUCCAAUUCGAACAAUGGUGGCAGCGUCAAUUCACAAGACAGUUUAUGGCAACUUAAGAUGGGAGGCGUCAAUGGUGGAGUUAAUACCAAUUCUGCUCAACUGAUUCCUACACAUAAUUAUGCGGACCGCCAGCCAUCGUACAGUUAUGAUCCUCUCACACAUGGCGGUUAUCGUGUCGUUGACGACUAUGCCCCCUACCCAACGUUACAGACUCCCAGCAGCCAAGUAGAUGAUUAUCAUAAUAUGCGCAACAGCCAGAAUCCCUCUCGACAAGAUUAUAGUAGCAGCGAGCCCUAUGCAGCUGUGCAUAAGCCAAAGAAACGAUUAGAUCAACAUCUAGAUUCUCCAUAUCAUGACGUAAGUGGCCUCCCAGAGCAAUCAUAUAUGGAACAUCCUGGUAUGAUGACAGGUGAUCAUCAUUCGCAACUUGACAUGGAUCCGAAUAAAUCGAUGCCAAUGCAGAUGCAACAACACUACGACGAAAGUAUGGAGAACGAGUAUGCCAUGUCGUCAAAUACGCGAAAUCGUCGAGUAAUUCACGAGAUAAUUGUCUGAGAUACGCCAAGGGUACGUUUUGCGGACGAGCCGUGCCUAUGACUAGAGUCCAUAAUUCCCGAAGAAAAUGAAGAUGAAACAGAAAAUCAACACGAAAAAAAUCCACCACCACCAACGAUAUACAAGUAAAAACAGCACAAACUCUAGAAAAAUUAUGACUGACUCACUAAAAAAAGAAUAUUUUACGUUAUAAUUAGGCAAAAUCAAUUUAGGACUUUAGAAAAGAAAAAUGAAAAAAAAAAAGAAAAAUCGGUUCGCAAAACACUUAAACGUGCCCUUAUACAACAUUGCUAUAAUUUAUCGAGGAAAAAUGUUAAAAAUUUCUAUAAAUACUAAACGAAAAAAUGAAAAAAUAAUCAGUAAUUAAAAAAAUGUGUAAAAAUAAUCAAAUUUGAAUAGUACAUGACAGCUUUAGGUCUCUCAUUUGAACCUGAAAAGUAUUUUAAUAUAUAAAAUAUCUUAAAAACGUUAAGAUUUUGAAGAUAAUGUAGUUAAAUUUAAACCAAACCUAUACAUAUAUUUUUCUAUAUAUUAAAUGUGACACGACACACGAGUUUUGACGAUAUUUUUAGGUUUUUUUGGUAAAUAAAUGUUUU